AUGACCGACGAAACCCCUUCACAGACAGCAAAGUCCGCCGAGGACCGCAAGGCCGCUUCAGCCCUCGAGAACCUCGAUGCUGCCGACUCCCCUUCGACACCACAAAACGUCGACGCCGACGCGGCUAACAAAGCCAUCAAGAGCCUCGGCUCCAGCAAGGCCUCAGCCUCUGCUACUUCCCAUAAGAACGUCAAGGUCGAUGCUGCUGACGUUGCUCUUCUUGUUGAGGAGCUUGAAUUGCCCAAGCCAAAGGCUACCGAGCUGCUCAAGAGCAACGAGGGUGAUGCUGUCAAGGCUAUGAGGGCGUUUAUCAAGGCUUAA